ACAAAUUGAGAACUCGAUGAAACCAGCAUCUUUAGUAAUCAACAUUGACCGAGGUUAGAAGAUAAGUGAACCCAGAAAGACUCCAUUUGUUUCCAAUCUUGUGUCUUGUUCCUUGUUCUCUCUGAGCUCUUCAUGCUCGUGAAAACUGUGUUAGUUUCCAUGGCAAAACAACAAGUCCAUAGCUCUUAUCACUUUCUUCUCUUAAUGCUCAUUUGUUCUUGUUCCAUUCAUCUUUCAGAACAACUUCAACCCUCUCAAUAUCAGACCCUGGUGAAAAUCCAGGAGCUUCUUGACUAUCCACCAGUUCUGAACGGCUUUUAUAACUCUUCAGACUUGUGCAACAUCGAGCCAACUCCAUCACUGACCCUGGUUUGUUAUGAAGAUAACUUGACUCAGCUUCACAUUGCAGGCAACAAUGGGAUGGUCCCUCCAUUGCCUCAGAGUUCCUCCUCUGACUCUUUCUUUGACAGUCUUGGAGGCCUGUCAAGCUUGAAAGUCAUAUCUUUGGUUUCUCUAGGAUUAUGGGGAGCCAUUCCUGGAAGCAUUGGUCAGUUAUCUUCCCUGGAAAUACUUAAUCUCAGUUCAAACUACUUCAAUGGUCCCAUUCCAGUUCAACUUUCAUAUUUGAAGAAUUUGCAGACACUGAUACUUGACAAUAACAACUGCAGUGGGAAAGUUCCUGGUUGGAUAAGUUCUCUACAUGCUCUAUCUGUUUUGAGCUUGAAGAACAAUUCUCUAAGUGGGGUUUUGCCAACUUCUCUAAAAGGAUUAGAAACUCUCAGAGUUCUCUCUCUUUCAGGAAAUAACUUGUCUGGUGAAGUGCCUGAUCUUCACAACUUGAGAUUCCUUCAAGUUCUUGAUUUAGCAGACAAUCAUUUUGGUCCUGAUUUUCCUAAAUUGCAUAACAAGCUAGUCACUCUCGUACUGAAAAACAACAGGUUUCAGUUUGGCCUCCCUGCUGAACUAUCCACCUACAAUCAUCUUCAAAAGCUAGAUAUUUCUUUCAAUGGAUUUGUAGGACCAUUUUUACCUUCAAUUUUACAUCUACCUUCAAUAGUUUAUCUUGAUAUUCAUGGAAACAAACUCACAGGAAUGUUCUUCCAGAGCAUGUCCUGCAAUCCUGAACUUGCUUAUGUAGAUUUAUCCUCAAAUCUUCUCACUGGAGAUUUACCUUCUUGUCUACAAGUGGGCAACAUGAGCAGGCUUGUCUUGUAUUCCAAAAACUGUUUGUCAAAUGAAGAACAAAUGCAGCAUCCUUCUAAUUUCUGCCACAAUGAAGCUCUGGCUGUGACAGUUCUGCCUCAUAAAGAGAAGAAUAAGACACCUCAUGCGAAAUCGGUUAUUGCAUCAAGUAUGGUGGGAGGAACUUUAGGGGGCAUUGCUGUUGUUGGGGUGGUUCUUUUGUUUGUCAGGAAAGUGUACAACAAAGAUUCUAUGAAAAUGCCUUCAACCUGCAGGUUAAUUAUGGAGAAUGUGUCAACUGUUAACGCGGUGAAGCUGCUAUCAGAUGCUAAGUGUAUAUCACAAACAAUGAAGCUGGGAGCUAGCCUUCCUGUAUAUCGAACCUUUACUUUGGAGGAGCUUAAGGAGGCAACAGAUAACUUUGACGCUUCAAGUUUAAUAAAACAGAGUUCACACGGUCAGGUUUAUAGAGGGAAGCUCACUGAUGGCACUGUUGUUGCUAUUAGAAGAUUUAAAAUGAGAAAAAGACACAGUCCUCAGAUGUAUACGCACAACAUUGAGAUGAUUUCGAAACUUAGACAUAGUCAUUUGGUUAGUGCUCUUGGACACUGCUUUGAGAGCUGCGUGGAUGAUUCAAGUGUUAGCAACAUAUAUCUGAUAUUUGAGUUUCUCCCGAACAGGACCCUUAGAAGCUACAUAUCCGGUCAAAAGCUUAAUUGGAUUCAAAGAAUAGCAGCUGCAAUAGGAGUUGUAAAGGGUGUCAAGUUCCUGCAUACAGGGAUUGUGCCUGGAGUAUUCUCGAAUAACCUGAAGAUAACAGAUGUUAUAUUAGAUCAGUAUCUUCAUGUAAAGAUCAGCAGUUAUAACCUACCUCUUUUAGCCGAAAAUAAGCGAAUGUUUCAGGGCAAUUCUGAAGUUUCUUAUCAAGGAAUUAAAGCAAGUCCUUUGGCAAGGACAAAACAGGAUGAUAAAAGUGAUGUCUAUGACAUAGGAGUGAUCUUACUUGAAAUCAUUGUGGGAAGACCGAUUACAUCCCAAAACGAAGUUGUUGUUGCAAGAGAUCUUCUACAAGUGAGCAUAACGAUUGACAAGUCAGCUAGAAAGGGCAUUGUCGAUCCAUCGGUUAUGAAUGAAUGUUCCGAAGAAUCAUUGAAGACGAUGCUCGAGUUGUGUGUGAGGUGUCUCGGCAAUGAGCCAAGAAACCGACCUUCUGUUGAAGAUAUUCUGUGGAAUUUGCAGUUUGCUGCACAGGUUCACAAUCAAGAGUUAGUGUAACACACUCAGUAUCAGAUGAAAUUAUUGAAGGCUUUUUUGUGUAUAGUUUAGGCAUAUAAAAAUCGUUUGCCUGCUGAAGUUUUUGUGUGGACAAUGUCUUGACCAAACACUAGAACCGAAUUUAUUUAUUUAUUUAUUUAUUUUUAUCAUUUGGUUUAUGAGUUGGUGGAGACCAAGUUUAAUUGUUCUUGAACCAACAGCUAGUGCUAAUGUAAAUCUGAAACUCACUCAUCACUGGUUGGAACAGGAAGCAAUUGUGAACUACGACAU